AUGUUAACAAACUGUCAGAUUAAUAAUUUUCAAAUCACCUCACAGGUGGGCUCAGGGGCAUAUGGCCUGGUGUUCCACGCCAUCGAUAUGAUCACUGAGAAUGAGUACGCUAUCAAGGCCGUGGUCAAAUCGUCUUCUCUGAACGACUUCGGCAAGACCAAGACGGACGACAACAUCAAAAAGAGCACCGUUUUGCAGACACAGCUGUAUCACUAUUUUAAGUCGUUCCAGAAUAAACUGUUUUUGCCCACGAUAGACCUAGACUCUAUUCAAAAUUUAGACAAUGCGCAGCUCGCCAGGGCACCUCACUACAAGGAGAUCGCGCUGCACUUGAAAGUGCAUUCACAUGAGAAUAUUGUUACUAUUCAUCAAGUUUUGGAGUCGCCGUUGGCAACUUUCAUUGUGAUGGAUUACUACCCACGUGACUUGUUCACCUCUAUCGUUGAUCAGAGAUACUUCGAGUCAAAUGGACUGCUGAUAAAGAAGGUGUUCCUUCAGUUGUGUUCAGCUUUGGACCAUUGUCACCACAUGGGCAUUUAUCAUUGCGAUAUUAAACCGGAGAACGUUUUGCUGGAUUUGAAUGAUAACGUCCAUCUUUGCGAUUUCGGUCUUUCUACUACAUGCCAGUAUUUGGCACCAAACGUUUGUAUUGGUUCCUCUUAUUACAUGGCACCAGAGAGAAUUCUUUAUUACAACGACACAACGAAGGAUACCACAGUAACGAGCUUCCCCACUUCGACGGGUGAUAUUUGGUCCCUCGGUAUCAUUUUAAUAAAUUUAACCUGCAUUAGAAAUCCAUGGCUGAAGGCUCAUCAAGUUGAGGAUAAUACAUUUAGUUAUUUUACAAAGGAUUCGAACGUUUUAAAGAAGAUUCUACCGGUUUCGCAAGAAUUAUACGUCUUAUUGUCACGUGUUCUUCAACUUAAUCCAUAUAAUAGAAUUGAUAUUCGCUCGUUGAUGGCUGAGGUGGCCUCCAUGACCAGUUUUACCAAUUGUAGUGGUCCGCUCGAUACUGUGGCACCAUUAUCACAGGAAGUUUAUAACAAUUUCAUUGUUGGUGACAAAGGUUUAUCUCUAAAGGAGAUUUUACACUCAUACCGCGAAGAGGAUACAGAAAGUUGCAAUGAAAACGACUACUUUUCCGGUUCAAAUUACACUGGUGGCCAAACGACGCCAACCGGUCUUUCAACAACUCCGUAUUCUUCGGAUGUAGAUGAUUUAGUAAUGAAAAAGGUGCAACAAGAGUGUACAGCAGAAAGCGACGAUCAAUCCAAGCUUAACAAUUUGAAUCAUGUUUUGCAAACGAAUUUGUCCACCAUAACAAAUUAUUCAAAUAUCGAUUUGAAAAGUGCAUCCUCUUCACAAUGGCUACCAAGCUAUAAAAAGGAUACUUAA